CACAAUUUAGCUGUGUCUGCGGCAGCACUUGAAAGUUAAAUUCUUCGCGUCCUAUGUGAAGAAAAUGUCAUCAGAAAAUCAUUGUUUUGUUGCCUUGAUAAUAUUAAUUUGUUCACACGAAGUUCGAUCAUACCAAGAAGGAUUCUAUACGAUUAUUGUUCCCGGAACGAUUCGAUCGGAAUCGACUCUCCAUGCUUCUCUGGCCGUGAGUGAUUUUCCCCAAUCUUGCUGGUUUAAUAUAACGCUUCUUAUAAGUUCUCAAGCCCAACGUGUACACACGCACCAACGUUAUGAAUUGAAGACUUCAAUUGAAGUCCCUCCCAACACCAUUAAGUUGAUCGAAUUGCAGGUGCCUACUUUGUUAAGCAAACGUGGACAUUUAGAGGUUCUUGGUUACAAAGGUGUCAUUAGUAGAGAUUUGGCUGAAAUUAAUAUCGAACAUGAUUCCCAUUCGGUGUUUAUUCAAACCAACAAGGCUAAGUAUAAACUUGGUGAAUUGGUGCAAUUUCGGCUUAUUUGCAUUGAUCGAUUGACAAGACCGGCUCAACUUGAUAGUACGAUAUCGGUUUUGAUUUAUGACAGUCAAGACAACUUAAUCAAGUUUAUCUCCAAUGUGAAACUUAUACAGGGUGUGUUUAGGGGGAAAUUUCAACUUUCGGACUAUCCGCCGUUGGGGGAAUGGAAAAUUGGCGCAGAAGUCGGCGGAAAUGUUGCUGCUGAGAAAAGAUUUCAGGUAGCUAAAUAUAUGCUUCCAGAAUUUUCGGUGAAGAUUUCAACAAAAUCUAAUGUGGCACUUAACGAGGAUAAGCUAAUUCUGACAAUAAGUGCCAAUUAUUUCUAUGAUGAACCUGUCAAAGGAAAUUUGACAAUUCUUCUGGAAAGGACAUACUCUGUUUUUGAAGUUUUCCACUAUGGUCUGCCGGUAUUGAGAAAAGAAUCAGAUAUCGAUGGGAAUGCCACAUUUGUCUUAGACAUGAAAAAUAACCUAAACAUUAAUAAAAAUGAAAAUCCAUAUAUAGAAGGACCGAGAAUUCUUUACAAAUUCAGAGUUAAAGCUUUUGUCACUGAUAUCCUCACCGAACAGCAAUUAAUAGCUGAAAGCGAUAUCGUUGUUCAUAGCCAACCUUCUAAAAUGUACCUCCAAGUGCCAAAAAUGUUUGAUGGUACCGAAAGAGUUUUGAAAAUUCUGGUGAAAUUUUCAAUCACUGACUUGGAAGACAUACCAAUAAUUGUUCCUUCUGGAUCCAUGGUAAAAAUUAUGACAGAAUGUAAAAACAGUGACGGUUUUUUCAAAACUGACUUCUCUUAUCAAAUUGGAAAACAAGAUUAUGUGAACGUACAAAUAGAAAACCAAAAUUUUACUGAAUGUAAAAUGUAUGCAAAAUAUCAAGAAAUAAGAUCUCGCAUGGAACAUAUCAAAAGAAAUGAGGACACUUUUUAUUUAGAUGUUUUAACUGAAAGCCCUGAAGUAGGCAAAGUGUUGGAGGUUAAACUUAAAAGUUUGGAUCCAAUUGAACAUUUUAUAUAUGAAAUAGUGUCCAGAGGAGAUAUUAUUCAAUCGGAAUACUUAAAGGUUCCAGAAGGACAGAAAAUGCACAUCUUUCAUUUGAAUUUGACAUAUGUAAUGGUUCCAAAAAUAACAAUCUAUGUUCAUCGGAUUAAAAAAAGAAGUUUCACUGCACAAUUGAAGGAAGUUUACAUAAAAAGGGCUUUUCAAAAUUCGAUCGAAAUAUUGACUGACAGUGAAACAAUACCAGGUUCUUCUGCAAAUAUUAGUGUGACAACAGAUGGAGGUUCCUAUGUUGGUUUAAUGGGCCUUGACCAUAGAAUAUUACAAAAUUUACAUGACGAUGACAAAGAUUUGACUGAAAAUCAUUUCUAUCAAAAACUUCAAAAUUAUGAUUCUAUUAAUAUUGACAAUUAUAAUUUUCCUGGUCAAAAAGCAGGACUUUUAACUUUUUCGAAUGCAUUUACAAAAAUUGAUUCACGGUUCGGAGAAAAUGAUUUUGGUAUUCAUACAAUUUUCGAAGGUACUGACGUGAAUUUCCCGGAAUCAAUUGAUAAACCAUCUUUAGAAUUUCCCCAUAUUCGAAAGAUUUUCUCUGAUAGUUGGUUGUAUAAAGAUUUUGAAAGUACCCCAGCAGGAGGAUUCAGUUUUAUGGAAACUGUACCGGAUACCAUAACAUCUUGGGCCAUAACUGGGUUCUCACUGAAUCCAAAAACUGGAUUAACUUUAACAAAAAACGCAACAAAUUUGAAAGUUUUUCAAAAGUAUUUUGUUUCAGUUGACUUACCAAGCUUGGUUACGGAAGGUGAAACAAUUGAAGUCGCAAUUUACGUGAGUAAUUAUAUGGAGGAAGAUGCUUUGACAAAUGUUAUGAUCGAAAGUGAUAGUGACGAAGUUGAGAUUUUCAAGAAACCGGAGGUGAGUUUGCAGCCCAAAGAACCUAUACAAAUUCUUGUUCCAUCGAACAGAAGAGAAAAACUUCUAGUUUAUAUGAAACCACUGAAAUCGGGAAAAUUGAAUAUAACAGUUAAAGCUUUGGCGCCAGCAAUGGCAAGUGAUGCAGUUGAAAAGAUCCUUAAUGUCAAAUCUGAAGGCCUUCCAUAUAAAAUUUCGAAGACUUAUUUGGUUCAUUUACCAAAAGAAAACACACAAGAAAACGAGAUCACAGUUGAUAUUCCCGAGCAAGCUGUACCCGGUUCCCAAAGAGUUGAGCUGUCAAUAGUUGGUGAUAUAUUUCGACCUCUUUUAAGAAGCUUACAGAAAUUAGCUCGUGUUCCCUAUGGACAUGGUGAAGACAAUAUGCGUUUUGUCAUUUCGAACUUGUUGGCUCUCAAAUAUCUAAAGGCCUUGAAUUACAACUUUCCCAGUUUGGAAAGUAAACUAAGACUUAACAUUGAACUCGGAUAUCAAAACCAGCUCUGUUUCAAACAUUUAGAUGGGUCUUUUGGACUUUUUGACCGAACAACUGAAAGAACUGGUGAUAUUUGGCAGACUGCUUUCGCACUUUGGGGACUUAAACAAUCAAAGGACUUUAUUCAUGUAGAAUCAAAAGUAUUUGAGAGGGGUCUGGAUUACUUGAAAACAAGACAACAAACCAACGGUUGUUUCAGAUCGAAAAAUGGCAUCGAGGAAGAUAUUGAAUACACAGCCUUAACCCUAAUGGUAUUUUUAAUGGAUAAGAAUUGGAGAACAAGUCAUUCCGAAGUCUUAACUAAGGGUCUUACGUAUUUGUAUGAAAAUUCUGAUAGUUUGGGCCAUUCUUCAAUCACUGCUUUGGCAAUUUAUGUCUUAACUCUUGGAAGGCAUGAAAAGGCUGGAGAUUGCUUGAAAAAACUAAGCACGAAUAGACAUUUGGCAAGCCAGAGAAUGUCUUGGAAAAAGACCGAUAGCCUACAAUCACAUCUCGAAACUACUGCUGAGAGUCUGCUUAAUCUUUUCGAGUUUCAAGGGACACCUUUGAAAAGUUUGCUUCACAUCAUAAGAGGUCUUAUCGCUACAGAAGAUGGAAAGUCUUCCCUAACUCACUUGAUAGCUCUGCAUGCAAUGCUUGUAUUCAUUGAAGGUCUUAAUUUGAGCAAAAAUAAUCUGACCAUUUUCUUCACCAACGAUCAAAAUGGAUCUGGACAGUUUCAAAUCACUUCUGAGAAUUCUCAAAUCCUACAAACAUUUGAGGUUUCUGAAAAAACUCGAAGAGUUCAUCUUCAAAGCAGAGGAUAUGGUUUUGCAGUUGUUGGUGUCAUAUACAAGUACAAUUUAGUUCUUGAAAAUCAAUUAUCAUCGACUUAUGCCACCAAUAUAACCACAGAACGAUCUUCGAGUUUACUAUCUAUUUUUGAAGUUUGUGUGCGUGUUUUGGGAAACAAUAGUGGUAAUCACUUGACAAUGAUGGAAGUAACUCUCCAAUCUGGAUACGCAUUCACUGACAAAAUUACUCCACAAAUUGGUUUAACUUGGAAAUUUAAGUCGCUCAAAGUCAACGACAAUCAUGACAUGUUGAUAGCUCACAUAGACAGUAUUGACAACAAUGGACUCUGUUUGAAACUUGAAACCCUCAAGAAGUACAAUGUCCUGAAUGCUAAACCUAGUUGGGUUGUUCUCUAUGAUACACAUAAAAGAGAUGAUAAAACUAUAAAAAGUUUUAAAAUUAAUGACAGUUAGGCUUCGCUGUGAAACUUAAAACAUGGAAUUUUAUUUUAUUUAUUAUAUUUUAUAAAGAUUAUUGAAGAUACAAAUAAGCUUAUUUAUUAAAAAAAAAAAACUAAACAUA